AUGAAUCUGGACAAAACAAAGAUCCAAACUUUCCAUGAUCUGUGUGAAGCUUUUGUGCAACAAUACAAUUAUAAUGUGGAUAUGGCUCCAGACCGAAGUGAUCUUCAGGCUAUGACUCAGGGGGACAAAGAAACAUUCAAGGAGUAUGCCCAACGAUGGAGAGAUACUGCUGCCCAAGUCAGCCUGCGUAUAGAAGAGAAGGAGAUGACCAAGCUCUUCUUGAAGACUCUCAAUCAAUUUUACUACGAGAAGAUGGUCGGAAGUACGCCAAAGAACUUUGCCGAAAUGGUUAGCAUGGGUGUUCAAUUGGAAGAAGGGGUCCGAGAAGGACGUUUGGUAAAGGAUGGAACCUCUGCCAGUGGGACCAAGAAAUUUGGGAACCACUUCCCGAGAAAGAAAGAACACGAUGUUAAUGUGGUAGCCCAUGGAAGAACCCAACAAACUUAUCCAGUCUACCAACAUGUCGCUGCCAUCACACCUACUGCCAAUGUUAUUCAACCACCAAAUACCCAGCCUCGAUUCCCACCAUAUUCUCAACAAAAUCCUCAACACCAAUAUCCUCAACAAAAUCCUCAACAAUAUCCUCAACAAUAUCCCCAACCACCAUACCAGCAACGCCCAUAUCAACAACAUCCCUAUCAACAACAACGACCUCAACAACAAAGAAUGCAAAUUGACCCGAUCCCCGUCACCUAUGCAGAGCUACUUCCAGGGUUACUCAGAAAUAACUCAGUCCAAACCAUAGCACCUUCUCCAAUACCAGAAAAACUGCCAACAUGGUAUAGAAUGGACCAGACUUGUGCUUUUCAUCAAGGGGGCCGAGGUCAUAAUAUUGAAAAUUGUUAUGCCUUUAAGAAUGUAGUGCAGAGGCUAAUCAAUGAGAAGAAGAUAACCUUCACAGACUCAGCGCCAAAUAUUCAAACCAAUCCAUUGCCAAACCAUGGUGCUGCAAUUGUCAACAUGGUCGAAGAUUGCCAAAAGACUCAUCAUAUUCUCGACGUUCAACGCAUCCGAACACCUUUGGUCCCGUUACAUGCCAAGUUAUGCAAAGUGAACCUCUUUAAACAUGAUCAUGAUGUCUGCAAAGUGUGCCUUCUAAAUCCCUGGGGUUGUCAGAAAGUGAAAGAUGAUAUUCAAAGACUUUUGAACCAAGGAGGACUGGUUGUUGAAAGAAAAUGUGAUGAUGUAUGUGUUAUAACUCCUGAAGAGCCUUUGGAAAUAUUUUACGACAGUCGGAAGACAAUUGCUGCUCCUUUAGUGAUCUGCUUGCGUGGUCCAAUACCUUAUACUUCCGAGAAGGCCAUUCCUUACAAGUACAAUGCCACUAUGAUAGAAGGUGGUCGUGAAGUUCCAAUACCACUUUUGCAUUCUGUGAGAAAUAUUACCGAAGAUAGUAGAGUGCUGAGGAAUGGGCGUGUUGUUCCUAUAGUGUUCCCGAAGAAAGUUAGUGCUCCGGUAAUUGAGGAGGCUCAAGCUAAGGAUUCCAGUGUUGUCAAAGAGGUAAGCCAGUCGAAUGGGGCCGGUGCAAGUACAGAGUUUGAUGAGAUUCUCAAGUUAAUAAAGAAGAGCGAGUACAGGGUUGUUGACCAACUGAUGCAAACUCCAUCAAAAAUAUCCAUAAUGUCUUUGUUACUGAAUUCUGAGGCCCAUAAGGAAGCAUUGAUGAAGGUCUUAGAACAAGCUUUUGUAGACUAUGAUGUGAGCGUGAGUCAAUUUGGUGGAAUAGUGGGAAAUAUCACUGCAUGUAACAACUUGAGUUUCAGUGAUGAAGAGCUCCCGGCCGAAGGAAGGAACCAUAACUUGGCUUUGCAUAUAUCUGUGAAUUGCAAGACCGAUGCUUUGUCGAAUGUACUAGUGGAUACCGGGUCGUCUCUGAAUGUGAUGGCCAAAACAACCUAUGCUCAACUCUCUUACCAAGGUACCCCUUUGAGACGAAGUGGGGUAAUGGUAAAAGCUUUUGAUGGUUCAAGGAAGGAUGUUCUUGGAGAGGUGGUUCUGCCUAUUACAAUCGGGCCACAAGUUUUCCAGAUUAAUUUUCAAGUGAUGGACAUUCAGGCGUCAUAUAGUUGCCUACUGGGCCGACCCUGGAUUCACGAGGCUGGGGCAGUAACGUCUACACUGCAUCAAAAGUUGAAGUUCGUGAGGAAUGGGAAGCUAGUAACGGUGAAUGGUGAAGAGGCUUUGUUAGUGAGCCAUUUGUCGUCUUUCUCUUUCAUUGGGGCUGAUAAUGUUGAAGGGACGCCUUUUCAAGGAUUUACCAUGGAAGAAAAAAGUACCAGGAAGAGUGAGGCAUCUAUUUCUUCUCUGAAGGAUGCUCAGAAAAUGAUACAAGCUGGAGGGUCUGCAAGCUGGGGAAAGUUGAUUGAACUUCCAGAAAACAAACACCGAGAAGGGUUGGGUUUCUUUCCAUCAGCUGAUUUGUCCAAGACAAAGACCGUCGCCGAGCCGAUAAAGGGUACUUUCCAUAGUUCUGGUUUUAUUCAUGCAAUUACUGAAGAUGAUCCUGAAGGAGUGCCACGAAGCUUUGUGACACAAAGGAGGUUUAGCCACAAUUGGGUUGCUGUAGAUGUUCCUUUUAUUGCUCAUUUGUCCAAGUAA